UCCGAGCUCUCGAGCCGUCGCGCAUCGCCGCGGCGCCGCCACCCGCUCCGCCGCCAGAGAAUAACAGAAAACCUCCUCCGGCAGCAGCCGCGAACUCACCACGGUCCACAUUCAUGCUGCAACUGUGAUAUUUGUACAAGCCCCUGCGGUUUUCGACUCCGCCGACGCUGGCCAUGCGGGUACACAAAGUUACGGACGGAUCCGUUUCACAGCCUCCCGUUUCACGCGACGCUAACACGCUGUUAUGAGAGACGUUCAGAGCGUACCUGAUACAUGUACAAAAAUGUUCGAUAUGUCAAUUCAAGAAGUGAACGGGAAAGGACCUAAAAAAAGGAAAAAGUCGUUAGAGCAUAUCUGUGAUAAUGAAGAGCGUUCAGGUGAUGUGGUGGCCGAGCGAGUCGGCGAGGAGAAGAAGGGAGAGGGUGGAGACGUGUCGGGUGGCGUGGAGCUGCUGCACUGGCGGGACAUGCCGCAGCACCUGCAGUUCAACCCCUACGUACUGACCGGCUACCGGCCGCUGCAGAGCUGGGCCGGCUGCGUGCGAAGUCUCUUCUACUUCCACAACGAGACCAUCAACAUCCUCACUCAUGGAGUGUCGCUGGUGUACAUGAUGGCGGUGCUGCCGGGGCUGCUCCCGUGGCGCGGCGGGCCGGGCGCGUGGUUCCUGUCGCUGUGCCACCUGCUGGGCGCGCUGGCGCCCUGGUGCGGCUCCUUCCUCUACCACCUGUUCAUGAACCACACGCGCGGCGAGGCGCUCUACCACCGCCUGCUGCAGCUCGACAUGCUGGGGAUCUGGGUCAGCCAGAGCAUAGGCGCCAUCCCGAUGGUGACGGCCACAGUGUACUGCGCGCCGGCGCCGCUGCGGAACCUCGCGCUCGCCGUCUACAGUCUCGGCAGUCUGCUGGGGCUUUACAAGGCGAUGCGCGCGUGGUCCCCGUGGGAGCGGCGGCUAUGCUUCGCGGCGCCCUUCUGCAUGCGCGUGCUGCUGGCCGGCGCGCGCGCAGCCCGCCUAGGCGGCGGUGACCCCCACGCUAUACUGCAUGUUUUUUUGCAGGAUGCAGUGUCCCUGGGAGGCGGCGUGAUCGGCGCCAUGCAUAUACCUGAGAAAUGGUUCCCUGGCACCGUGGACCGCUGCCUCAACUCGCACAACAUCAUGCACGUGCUGGUCGUGCUCGCUGUCUACUCCAUGCACCAGGUGACAACGCGCGACAUAGAGUGGAUGUCUCGCGUGGACUGCCGCGCGCCGCUGCGCCACCUCUGACGCAGAGCGCGCGCCAUUUCCCGCGACUUGUCGCUCCUCGCCGCGUCUAGACGCGUCCGCUCAUCGCCUCCGUCUAUUCAACUUUAUUCACUUCUACUGAACUCACGCACGCUAUGUUAAGGCUUCCUAAGUCGCGGUUUUGGACUUGGACAGCUAUGAUUGUAGAACCGUAAGACCAAACGAGUGGACUAUAGAAUAUCUGGUUGGAAAUCGAAUAUAAUUGAAAAAAGACUUGAUUAGUUUAAUCUGCACAUGCAACUAGAAAAAUACUUGUUUGUACCUAUUCAAGUAUUAUCCUAUACCUACUAUCAUAUUUCAAAUUAUCAAAAAUAAUCAAGCUCAUAUUUGUGCGACUUCACAAAUAAGUCACAAAGAGUACAUCAGAAAACAACCUUCGCUGAAUCAAAACUUUUUACUAUCGGAUACGUAUUAGUAUCUUUAAAUCUAAUUAAAUAAGUAUUUCGACAUUCUAUAUGAUUGUAAAUCGUCUGCUUUUUGACGCGCCUAAUGUAAAUCAACUUUGCUUUUCAACUUACUACAACUUGUCUGGAAUGUCUAAAAGAGUAAAUCUUAAAAUAGAAAUGACGAAACUGUAGUGUUGUUUGGAAAGCGAACAGUCUUCCCAACUUUUGAGCUAAGGUCGAUUAUAAAGAUAUCGUAAGAAAACCUCCAAAAAAGUCUUCGUAGGAUAAAUACAUUAUCCUGAAUGGGAAACGGUGUCUUCUGAGGAGCACGUUAGCUUUAGAAACUUGGACGUCUGACAGAUGAUUAGAUGAUAAAGUUAGAUGUGCAAAAACUCUUCCUAAUAAGAUAGUUUAUCAUUUGGUCUUAUGGAAAUGGCUGUAGCUUAGACGAUAAAGUAGGUUCUUAGCGUCUCCACACCGUAUUGCAGAGAUCUAGCUGCCGUACCUAUAUCACAUACCUGGUGUCAAUAAUAAACAUUGUAAUGAAAUAGACGCAAUGUAAUGAAAUAGCAAUCUAUGUAAACGACCUGCAAGUCCACUCUUGAAUUUAAUUCCAACUGAUGUCAAAAGCCAUGACUAGCAACGUGAGUCUUGCAGUCAUACGAUACAAUACUGUCAACAUCCUGACUAGUUCCGCCUAAUAAACAAACAAUUUAAAAAGUAAUAAAAUCGAUAAUGUCUAUUUUUAAGAAUUGAAUUCAAGACGAGGCUUAAGCGGUGUUGUGAGUCAUACAUACUGAUUUUUUUCUCAACUGUCAAAACUAUUUGAAGAGUCUCAGUACUCAGGGUUCCGUUAGGGCAUAACGGAACCCUGAGUACUAUCAAAAAGCAUUUAACUACUUAUACUAAUAUCAACAUUCCAAAUGUCAGAAUAAAUAUCUAUUUUAAUGUUAUCCAGUGGACGACGCAUAAAGCUAAAUUAAACUUGCGCUACUAUCCGUUAUUAUGUAAAAAUGACAAGACACAUUUACAUUAAAAUCAAAAAUAGCAAAGAUAAUAAAUACUUCUUGUAAUAGAGACGCAUGAUGUAACUCGCAUUUAAUCCUUGCUUUAAAUAGGGUCAGUCAUUUAUUCAGAUAACUGACACAUACUUUGCUGUCUUCUUUACAUUAUGACGGAAAAUCUACAUGUCGUUUCGUGAGAAAUUAAAUUGUUAGUUGACAAUAUCGCGGCCUAUACAAUAUUAUAAUAGUAUUAAAUUAAUAACGGGUCGCCAUUAAGAUUGGAUCCUUCUUACCACAAUAUGGAAGUGAAGUCAUUAAACAAUAACUAGUUAACUACACUAGAUCACUUACUUAAUAGUUAUAAUAAUUAGCGCGAUAAGUUAACGAAUGUAAUAGCGGUUAUUUUUAAUGAAACGAACACUUCAAAUCUUAUUAAGCUUAAAGAAUAGUUUAAUUAUGGUAUUGGAAUAUUACACACAUUUUUUAUAGAAUAGGAAAAUAAGGAGUUGACUUUGCAUACUGGCUUUUGAAUGCGUCAUGGAAACGUCAAGAAAUAGGAGGGCUUGAUAUAUAUUAUGCGAGGGCUACCGUCACCGACAUUUUAUUUAAACUUUUAUAUUAAGUACUCUGCUAUAUUUAUUCUUAACCAAGAACAUCCCGUCACACUUUUUGGCUCUACAUCCCAUACCUACGGAUAAAAAUAUACCGAGCAAAUGAACUCAUUUUUUAAAAUUCGUUUCUUUCGGAUUAACCUCUUGACUGAGCUAUAUUUUAUUAAAUAAAAUAUUCUGAACUUUUUCAGUAACUUCUAGUCGCAUUUAAUAAUUAUCUAUUUACAUUUAUUUUCAAAUCUUUCUAAGAUAAUUUUUGUUCUUUGAUUAAUCAUAGUAAUUAUCUAUUUUAAAUACUUUAAAAGCUUCUAUUUGUCAAUUUAUUUUGUAAACAUAUCAUUUUCGAUAAUAUUAAUUAUACAUUUGUUGUAAGGAUUAUGCCUUUAAAUGUUGAAUACAUUUGGUAAGCAAUGCAUGGUCGGCAAAACCAAUUAGAGGUACAAAAUUUGACAUGAAAAACUAAGCUAGGCGUUUAGGCGUAACGAUUUGCGAUAUCCACAUUGCUUUCUGCUUUUAAAAACCUUGAAGCUUAGCGUUACUUCCUAACACUUCUCGAACCAAAAUGUCAACCGAAAAUAUCGCAUUGAUAUAGAAUGUUUUACUUACAAUAACCAAGUGGUUAUCAGUAACCAAUCGUUGGUAUAUUUUUAUAUUCUCGGUGUUGUGUGCUUCGCAGCUUAUAUACAAUGCAUUGCAAGUGAAAAUGGGAUUCUAUCUCUUUCUUACACGACCUCUCUUAGUCUGUUUGAUAGUUUUACUUAACUAGUGGUAAUUGUAGCAACUGUAGUUAGGUAGUUUACGAGCAAUAAAUAGACGACAAUUGUUACGAAAUUUGACAAAAGUAGUCAAAUUUACUUUUAACACAAAACGAUUGCAUACAAAUUUACACAAUAAUAAUUGUUGAAGAAUAUUUUUAACGCAUCUUUUUGAUGGCUUUAGUGUUCUACUUUUGUCAAACUUCUAUUGUUUUAAUUAAUUAUUUAUUAAACGAAGUAGUGUUUUAGAAGAAAACGAAGUGUACUUGAGGUUUUUUACUAGUGGUUGUCGAUGUCUCGCGAGCGCCGAGCGCGCGCAAGCGGCUGGAGGGCGGGCUCCGGGCAGGGCCUGGCCCGCGAUGCGCGCUCCCUCUGCCCUUCAGAACAACAUCAAUUCAAUAAACUCGGGACUUUCAUUUAUAUUUUUGGAAAACGAUAUUUCAACUAGGCAAAUAUUUACAAUAUCACAUAGGUUAUUUUUCUGUAAAAUUACAUCAGCAAUUGCGAACAUACGCGAUUUUGUUUUGUCGGUCAAAUUUGUUUAUUGAACUGCUAGUUAAAACAUCUGUGACAUCCUACUUUCCGCGAUAUCAAUUAUUUACAUUGAGUAUAUAGAUUACUGGAACCACUUUUAUAUAAAGUUAUUUAGGUCGACGAGUCAAAGUGUCACCCUCAAGUUAACUGUGUAGGGGUUAAUUAAGAAAUUAUACAUUAUAAUAAAACACGUCAGUGCUGAAAAUAGACGUUGGUAGUGAUUGCACGGUUACCGACUAGUGAAAUGGACAAGUAAAUACAAAGCUUUACAACUGUAGCCUCGAUUGGCACCCAUCACCAGUGUCAUUAUAAUACAUUUAGAAAAAUAAUAAACCUGCAAUAAUAUAUGACACCUUAAUUAAGUUAUUACUUUAUUUGUAGUCGUACUUAGUGUGUCAAGACGUUGAACAUUCCUGGUUUUGUAAGCAAUUAAGAGGAGUAAUAAAGUUUCACUAUAAUUUGUAAGAGUUAUCGUCAGUAGGAUAUAAUGAUGAGCAAUAUGACAGUAUUUAAUACUACAUAAAGUAUCUGUUAUAAUUGUUUACGAAUUGACUUCGGGAAACCGUCGUAUUACGCGUAUUUGCACUUAUCUUGAAAGUAUUCAUAGUAAUUGACGAUUAUAUUAUUGAACAAAAUCCUCAAGCUGUAGACGUUGAAGAGAUUAUUAAAGUUUAUUUGAAUUCA